GUUCAGGAAUGCCUUUCCCGUGCGCAGCGUCUGCUUAGCCGUGUUUAUUUUUAUCACAGCUGUGGGUGGGACACGCAGCUUAGAAGGCUUAGCAGGGUGAGCUUGUUCUUCUUUGUCUCUGUAGUUUCUCAACUUUCUUUACCCGGGACCUGGUCCCAAUGUCAUAAAGGGCUGCAUAUAUAUAUAUAUAUAUAUAUAUAUAUAUAUAUAUAUAUAAACAAACAUUCGUCCACUGACAGAGGUCUGUUGUUUCCUAGCAAAGCGGCAGGACCAUGACCUCCAGCACAGACUUCGAUGAGUUGGAGGUUCAGCAGCAGUACAGCAAUGUGAACACUCGCUGGGAGUGCCUGGAUGAGGAUCUGGACAAUGACAACAGCUCCGCCAGGCUGUUCGAGAGAUCCAGGAUCAAGGCUCUUGCAGAUGAGCGUGAAGCGGUGCAGAAGAAGACCUUUACCAAAUGGGUGAACUCCAACCUCUGUCGAGUGAGCUGCCGGAUCUCAGACCUGUAUCUGGACCUGCGGGACGGGCGCAUGCUCAUCAAGCUGCUGGAGGUCCUCUCCGGAGAGCACCUGCCUAAGCCCACCAAAGGCAGGAUGCGUAUUCACUGUCUGGAGAACGUAGACAAGGCGUUGCAGUUCCUGAAGGAGCAGAGAGUGCACCUGGAGAACAUGGGAUCCCACGACAUCGUCGAUGGCAACCACAGACUCAUCCUCGGCCUCAUCUGGACCAUUAUCCUGCGCUUCCAGCUUCAGGACAUUGUUGUGGAGACACAAGACAACAGAGAGCCCCGCUGUGCUAAAGACGCCCUGCUCCUGUGGUGCCAGAUGAAGACAGCCGGCUACCCGAAUGUCAACAUUACCAACUUCACCACCAGCUGGAAGGAUGGCAUGGCGUUCAACGCUCUCAUCCAUAAACACAGAUCUGAUCUAGUAGACUUUGACAAGCUCAAGAAGUCCAACCCCACACACAACCUCCGGCAUGCCUUUGAUGUCGCAGAGCAGCAGCUGGGUGUAACCAAGCUCCUUGAUCCAGAGGAUGUAUUCACAGAGAAUCCAGAUGAGAAAUCAAUCAUUACCUACGUCGUGGCUUUCUACCACUAUUUCUCCAAGAUGAAGGCUCUGGCUGUCGAGGGAAAGAGAGUUGGAAAGGUGCUGGAUCAUGCCAUUGAAACAGAGAAAAUGAUCGAAAAAUAUGAAAGCCUGGCUUCGGAUCUGCUCACCUGGAUAGAGCAAACUAUCAUCACCCUCAACAGUCGCACGUUUGCCAAUUCUUUGACGGGAGUGCAACAGCAGCUGCAAGCAUUCAACUCCUACCGCACCACAGAGAAACCACCAAAGUUCCAGGAGAAAGGCAAUCUUGAAGUCAUGCUGUACACCAUACAGAGCCGCAUGAGAGCCAAUAACCAGAAAUUAUACACUCCCCAUGAGGGAGCACUGGUGUCUGACAUCAACAGGGGCUGGGAGAGGCUGGAGAAGGCGGAGCACGGCCGGGAGCUGGCUCUGCGUAAUGAGCUCAUCCGCCAGGAGAAGCUGGAGCAGCUGGCCCGGCGCUUCGACCGCAAGGCAGCCAUGCGCGAGACCUGGCUCAUCGAGAACCAGCGCCUGGUGGCACAGGAUAACUUUGGCUUAGACCUGCUGGCAGUGGAAGCAGCGAAGAAGAAGCACGAUGCCAUCGAGACGGACAUCGGCGCGUACCAGGAGCGCGUGCAGGCCCUGCUGGCCCUGUCCAGUGAGCUGGAGGCUGAGAACUACCACGACUCCAAACGCAUCAAUGCCAGGAAGGACAACAUCCUGCGACUGUGGGAGUACCUGCUGGAGCUGCUGAGCGCGCGCAGAGCCAGGCUGGAGAUGAACCUGGCCCUGCAAAAGACCUUCCAGGAGAUGCUGCACAUCAUCAUCUGGAUGGAUGACAUGAAGGAUCGCCUCCUUUCCCCUGACUUUGGGAAACACCUGUUAGAAGUGGAGGACCUCUUGCAGAAGCACUGCUUGGUGGAGGCGGAUAUCGCGGUGCAGGCUGAAAGAGUGAGAUCGGCCAAUACUGCAGCGCUCAGGUUUACAGAGGGAGAUGGCUACAAGCCGUGCGAUCCUCAGGUGAUCAAGGACCGAGUUCAGCACCUGGAUCUGUGUUACCAGGAGCUCUGUGCCUUGGCAGCUCAGCGCAAAGCUCGCCUCCAGCAGUCCCGAAGACUGUGGAACUUCUUCUGGGAAAUGGACGAAAUUGAGAGCUGGAUCAAAGAGAAGGAGCACAUCUUCUCCACGAUGGACUAUGGGAAAGAUCUGACCAGCGUAAUGAUCCUGCAGAGCAAGCACAGUGCGUUCGAGGACGAGCUUGGAGCCCGCCGAACACACCUGCAGCAGACAGCGAAGGAAGGGGAGAAGAUGGUCAAAGGGAAGCACUUCGGAUCCCCCAAGAUCAAGGAGAGAAGCGAGGACAUCCUGCGGCAGUGGGAGCAACUGGAAGACCUGGCCGCCUUCCGCAAACAAAACCUCCGGGACGCACAGAACUUCUUCCAGUUCCAGGGGGACGCGGACGACUUAAAAGCCUGGCUGCAGGACACCUACCGCAUCAUGUCCAGCGACGACGUGGGCCAUGACGAGUACUCAACCCAACUGCUGGCCAAGAAGCACCGAGACCUCCAGAACGAGGCCAUAAAGUACAGGGGGACAAUGGAGGCACUGAUCAGACAAGUGGACAGCCUGCCGGACGAGCUGAGGAGCACACCGGAUAUCCAGCGUCGGCUGAAGGACAUAAAGGAGCUGUAUGUCGACUUGCUGUCUCUGGCUGAUCAGCGCAGGCAGAAGCUCCAGGACACCCUGGCGCUCUACACCAUCUUCAGCGAGACAGACGCCUGCGAGCUGUGGAUGAACCAGAAGAAGACGUGGCUGGUGGGACUGGAGACUCCUGAGAAGCUGGAGGAGCUGGAGAUUGUACAGAACAGGUUGGAAAUCCUGGGCCAGGAAAUGAACAAUGUGGAAACUCGAGUUGCUGAUGUGAAUCAAGCAGCCAAGCAGCUGGAAGACAGCAGGCACCCCAGCGUGAGAGAAGUGAAGGAGUGUCAGACCCGGCUCAACAGGAGGUGGGACGAGUUCAAAAGGCUGGUGGACGAGAAGAAAAAGAACGUGGACUCUGCCCUCAGCCUGCACAACUACGGCCUGGAGUGUGACGAAACCAAGACUUGGAUCCUGGAGAAGAACCACGUCGUGGAGUCCACUCAGGACCUGGGCAACGACCUGGCCGCCGUCAUCGCCAUCCAGAGGAAGCUGUACGGGAUCGAGAGGGACCUGGCCGCCAUCCAGGCAAAGCUCAAGUUCCUGGAGGCCGAGGCAGACCGUCUGGCAGCUGAACACCCGGAGAACGCCAAGGACAUCCUGGGCAGGCAGCAGGAGCUCCACAGAGUCUGGGACGACCUGAAACUCACUCUGAGGGACCGGGAGGACUCCCUGGGAGAGGUCAGCAAGCUGCAGACCUUCCUGCAAGAUCUAGAUGACUUCCAGGCCUGGCUCUUCAAAACGCAGAAGGCCAUCGCAUCCGAGGAGAUCCCCAACUCGCUGCCCGAAGCAGAGCAGCUGCUUAGCCUCCACAACACCAUCAAAGACGACGUUGACCAUCACCAGGAUAACUACCACAAGGUGAAAGACACGGGCGCCGGGGUGACCCAGGGUGAGACAGACCCCCAGUACCAGCAGCUCGAGCAGCGCCUUAGAGGCCUUGACACCGGCUGGGACGAGCUGCACAAGAUGUGGGACAGCAGGAAGAACUUCCUGGAGCAAGGCCUCGGGUUCCAGCAGUUCAUGAAGGACGCCAAGCAAGCAGAGUCCAUCCUCAACAACCAGGAGUACAUCCUGGCUCAUACUGAGCAGCCGGACACACUGCAGGGGGCGCAAGCUGCCCUGAGAAAACAUGAGGACUUCAUGAACACCAUGGACGCCAACGAAGACAAGAUAGUAGCCACCAUCGACGGCGGGCAGCAGCUAGUGGACAGCAGGAACAUUUACUCUGGAAAAGUCAAAGACAAGAUGAGCAGCAUCGACGACAGGUACAACACAAACCUGAGGAAAGCUAAGGAGGUGACCGCCAAACUGAAAGACAACAGCGACCUGCAGCAUUUCCUGCAAAACACCCAGGAUCUUACUUUCUGGAUCAAUGAAAAGAUGUUGACAGCACAGGACACCUCGUAUGAUGAAGCCCGCAAUCUCCACAGCAAAUGGCAGAAGCACAAAGCCUUCAUGGCAGAACUGGCCUCCAAUAAAGACUGGCUGGACAAGAUUGACCAGGAAGGAGAGCAGCAGAUUCUGGCAAAGCCGGAGCUCACACCCCUCGUCUCGAAGAGGCUGGAUGAGGUGCACCGGCUCUGGGACGAGCUGGAGUCCACCACACAGGACAAAGCACAGAGGCUGUUCGACGCCAACCGCUCGGAGCUGCUGGAGCAGAGCUACUCAGACCUGGACAGGUGCCUGAAGGACCUGUCACAGCAGCUGCAGUCUGAGGACUAUGGGAAGGAUCUGACCAGUGCCAACAUACUGCUGAAGAAGCAUCAGGUGACGGAGAAGCAGGUGGAGGAGAGGCAGAGGGAGCUGGUAGAGCUGCUGUCCCAGGACCCUCUGAAGGACGGGUCGCAGACGGGCGAGUAUGCCCAGGUCGUGGAGAAAAAGUUCCAGAACCUGCUGGCCCCCCUCCGACAGAGACGAGAGAAGCUGCAGGCCUCCAGGGCAGUGCACCAGUUCUACCGCGACCUGGCCGAUGAAAUUCUGUGGGUGGAAGAGCGGCUGCCGCUCGCCACGUCGACUGACCACGGGAACAACAUGCAGGCCGUGCAGUUACUGAUGAAGAAGAAUCAGACUCUGCAGAAGGAGAUUCAGGGCCACCAGCCCCGCGUUGCCGAAGUCCUGGAGAGAGGCGAUGGCAUCAUUGCUGCAGGGACCCCCGAUUCGGAUGGGAUCCGGGAGCAGAUGGGGGAGCUGCAGGAGAUCUGGAAGAGGCUGCAGGACGAGACCGCCAAGAGACGGGAGCGGCUGAGGGGAGUGAACGAAGCACAGCAGUAUUACAUGGACGCUGCUGAAGCAGAGGCCUGGAUAGGAGAGCAGGAGCUGUACAUGAUCGCUGACGAAAAGCCAAAGGAUGAGCAGAGUGCCAUGGUGAUGCUGAAGAGGCACCUGACUCUCCAGCAGGCAGUGUGUAACUAUGCAGACUCCAUCAAGCAGCUGGCUGACAGAGCUCAGAAACUACUGGCCCAGGACCAUCCUGAGGGGGAGCAGAUUCUCCGACGGCAGGGGCAGGUAGAUAAGCAGUACACCAGCCUGAAGGACCUGGCGGAGGAGCGCAGAACGAAGCUGCAGGACACAUACUGCCUGUUCCAGCUGAGCCGGGAGGUGGAGGACCUGGAGAACUGGAUCAGAGAGAGAGAGAAGGUGGCCUCAUGUCAGGAAAUGGGGCAGGACAUCAACCAGGUCACGACGAUGCGAGACAAGUUCCGUGACUUUGCCCGGGACACGGGGAGCAUUGGGCAGGAGCGGAUGGACAAUGUGAACCACAUGAUAGAUGGCCUGAUCGACAGGGAGCACAGCGAGGCAGCCACCAUGGCAGAGUGGAAGGACAACCUGAACGAGAGCUGGGGGGACCUGCUGGAGCUCAUCGACACGCGCUCCCAGCUGCUCACCACCUCCUACGACCUCCACAAGUACUUCUACGAUGGCAAGGAGCUGCUGGCCUUGCUCCAGGAGAAGCACACGCAGCUCCCUGCAGACGUGGGCGGAGACGUCAGCACGGCCGAGUCCUUCCACAGGAUGCACGCAGCCUUCGAGCGAGACAUCCACACGCUCGGGAAACAGGUCCAGCAGUUCCAGGACAGUGCAGCCCGUCUGCACGCUCAGUACGUCGGGGACCAGGCUGACGCCAUCCAGCACACAGAGCACGAGGUGGUGGAGGCGUGGAAGGCACUGCUGGAUGCCUGCGAUGGGCGUCGGACGAGGCUUGAGGACACGGCCGACAAGUUCCGCUUCUUCAGCAUGGUGCGGGACCUCAUGUCCUGGAUGGAGAGCAUCAUCAGGCAGAUUGAAACUCAGGAGAAGCCAAGGGAUGUCUCUUCGGUGGAGUUACUAAUGAAAUAUCACCAGGGCAUUAAAGCUGAGAUGGACGCGAGGAACAGGAGCUUCAGUACGUGUGUGGACCUGGGCAUGGCGCUGUUAGCACACAAACACCAGGCUUCACAGGAGAUUAAAGAAAAACUAAUCCAGCUGACGGAGAAAAAGAAGGAGAUGCUGGUGAAAUGGGAUGACAGAUGGGACUGGCUGCGUCUGUUGCUGGAGGUCUGUCAGUUCUCCAGGGAUGCCUCAGUGGCUGAGGCCUGGCUGAUCGCACAGGAGCCCUACGUUGCCAGUCGAGAUUAUGGCCAAACUGUGGCGGAAGUGGAGAAAUUACUGAAAAGACACGAAGCGUUCGAAAAGUCAACGGCAACCUGGGAGGAAAGAUUAGCGGCACUGGAGAGGCUGACAACACUGGAGUUGCUGGAGGUUCGUAAACAGCAGCAGGCAGUCCAGCAGAUGAUGAGGGAUCAGGCUGAGGAGCAGCGAGGAGUGAGGCGGGACGACUCGAGGGAUAUCACUGGAGACUCAUCCCACUUCCACACCGCAGAAGAACAAACUCUGGUGUCGGGGGUUGAAGAGAAGCCCGAUCUAUUAAAUGGCACAGAGUUUUCGGAAGACACCUCUUUUGAAAGAACGGAUAAGUCGGAGCUGGACGAGAGCUCGGGACAGAGACCUUCCCAGGCCCUGCUGCUGCCUGCCCUGACUGAGACUGAGAGAGCAGCGACACUCCCCACCCCGACCCAGCGACACCAGGCCGUGCAGCUAGAGGGAGCCCUGGUGCGCAAGCAUGAUCUCGAGGGGCCCGACAAGAGAGCCUCCAACAGGUCUUGGAACAACAUCUACUGUGUGUUGAAACCUGAGGAACUUUCCUGCUAUAAAGAUGCUAAGAAUUUAAGCUACGGCAUCACCUACCACGGUGAAGACCCUCUCUCACUCAAAAAUGCAGCGUGUGAAAUCCUAACCAACUACAAGAAGAAGAAGCAUGUCUUCAGACUGCGACUUCACGAUGGCAGUGAGUACCUCUUCCAGGCCAAAGACGAGGAGGAGUUACAGAGCUGGGUGCAGGCUGUACAGAAUGCGAUUCCACAGCAGGGGGAGUCCCAGGGUCCCAGCACAGAGGGAAGGGCACACAGCCUGCCCACCCAGCCCUCCACCUCAGCCAGCAGAGACAGCAGCGGAGGCAAAAAGGACAAAGAGAAGAGAUUCAGCAACCCCUUCGCAAAGAAGAAAUAGAGAGAGAGAACCAGACACCACAGCUUCUGGUGGCUUUUUGAAAACACCAAAAAGGACAUUUAUAACAGAAGGUGCACAUAAUAAAAUAUGAAGAGCUUUUUUAUUUUGUAUUUGAAAAGGUUUGUCAGAUGAACAACAUAUCUUUUAUUAUUAAGGUUUAUGAUUUAAAAUGGAGAUAGUAGACAUGCAGUACGAACACUGGACACCUUGCAGUGCACUUGUUGCUGUUUGAAGGUUAAUGUGUGGAGGUUCAGUUCACAAAAAAGCAACAACCAAAGAUUGUUUAUUAGAAGAGUUUUUUAUUAUUAUUAAAAGUGACUGCAUGUGUUAUAGCUCUAAGCAAAGAUUGGUUACGUACAGUAUUUUUCUUUUUUUAAUUAUAUUACUAAUUUUGCCUUAUUCAUUUUAAAGAGAAAUAAAUGGUUGUAACAGCAAUACUGUACAAUAAGCACAGAAAUCGAAACCAGAAGUCUAUGCAGUUUUGGCAUGUCGUGGCUAAUAUUGUAAAUGUUGGUCUUGGCCUCACUGAGAUGCAAUUUUCUUGCAAAGUGUUUCCAUUCAGAUGCAGCUUGGUUUGUUUUCAAGGAGUUGUACAGUGCUGUGUAGAGCAGGGGUCUCCCAUGCUGAUCCUGAGGGCCGCUGUCCCUCCUGGUUUUUGUUCCAGCUCUACCCUAAAUGACUUAAUUUGGAGCAAUUAAGUGCUUAUUAGAAGCUUAAUUGGUCUAAGUAAUUAAUUUAGGGUACAGUUGGAACAGAACCCAGGAGGGACAGCGGCCCUCCAGAACCAGGAUUGGAUACCCCUGGUGUAGAAUAUUAAAGGGGUUUGGGAAAACAUGCCUAUGGAUAUUCUUGGUUAGGCAGUCAUUGUAAAGAAUUUCCAAAAUCACCCUCUAAUGUAACGUUUAUUUUCUGGAUGUUUUUGAAGGGGCAUUUCUGGAUUUUAUUUUUACAACACAGCAUUUCAGAUAGAACAAGAACAUUGUUUUGCAGGUUACAAUUUAUUCCUCAAAUUAAGCAAUAUUAUGUUAGCAUUUUCAUUCUAAUAUGUUAACCACAAAAGAAUAACAGCACUCAUAAUUAAACAAAACUACUAGAGUACAUUGUAUUUCAAAGAACACAAAAAUGGUGCUAGCUAUUGAAUUGCAUGGAGUAGUUUUAGAAGCAGUAGUUUCACAAGGGGCACAAUUACUCCGGCUGUAGUCUGUGACUGAAUGCAACUUCUAUAUGUAAAGACUGAGCUAUACAGAAUAAGAGAGAAUGAGGAGGUAGAGAAGGUGUAUGCAAAGAGGGAAGCACAAGUAUCGGACCAUGAACAAUACAUGGCAGGAACUCUGAAGAUUGGAGUUGUGUUGCAAUGCAGUACCCCGGAUCUGGAAGAGAUAUGAAUACAGAAAUCACACAAAUAAAGACGUUGUUCCCAAGUCCUGGAUUUUGAAAACUGGACAAAUACAAUAUAUAGGUACUUACAGGAGAGACAUUUUUAUUAUAGAGGUAUAUCACUAUAUUUAUAUUAUAUUAUUAAAUACAUAUUUGACUCAUGAUUAAAAACAACAAUGUUUUGUUUUUAAUAUAACUUGAUGAACCACAUAGAAAUUCAAACCAGGGAUUCAGAGCCAGGGGGACUGUACCUUAAUGGUGUACAUCAGAAUGCCACUGUUUCUUGUUUGUAAAGUACCACGCCUGCCUUAGUGUUGCUGGCACUGUUCUACUCAGCAGGUUGCCUUUGGCGUCUAAUCUUUGUUUUGUGAUGUAUCCCCGUUUCUUUAGCAUUGUUUACAAGUGUUGUUACAUGCGUACCUGUGUUUGAUUUGUUACAGCAUUUUUUUCUUUUUGCAGUUUUCUCUCAAAUAUAAAGCUACAAAUACUUGUUUUGCCAUUCAUCCUCUUUUUUCCCCCCUUUUAUGUAUUUUUUGUUGUUGCUAACAUUUAAAACCUAAUAAAAGCAACUGUUUGGAGAA